AUGGAAUUGCUGCUUCGGCUCCAAAGCAGUGUAGAUGUCUUGGAUGAUGCAAUGCCUAAUGUCAAAGAAUGUUUCUUAGACCUAGGUGCUUUUCCUGAAGAUGCUGAAAUCAAAGUUACAGCUCUCAUUGAUAUGUGGGAUAAGGGUUUGGAAGUGGUACAUGAGGCAAUUGAUUACAGCAAAUACGUUGUUAGGCAGCAUGAUUUGCUAAGAGAACUGGCUAUCUACAACUCUAAACGGGGUCCCAUGCAGCAUAGAGAAAGACUGGUUAUAGAGAUAUGCGGAAACAAUUUUACCAAAUGGUGGAGACAACAAAAAUAUCCAUACAUGAAUGCUCGCCUUGUAUCAAUCUCAACUGAUGCAGAGUUGUCAGUGAAAUUGCCAAACUUGCAAUUACCAGAGGCAGAGGUUCUAGUCUUGAAUUUUCAAUCAAAAACGUCCUAUGCCUUACCCGAAUUUGUGGAGCGAAUGGACAAACUCAAGCUGCUGCUUGUCAUAAAUUAUUCUAGCCUUUGUGAAGAAUUGGAUAAUUUUCACCUACUGGGAUCCUUAUCAAAUCUUAGGAGUGUCAGAUUAGACGGCAUAAAUUGUUCUUGCAUAACCAAGAGUCCAGUACAAUUGAAGACUGUAUACAAAUUAUAUUUGAGAGAAGGUAGAUCUUUCGGCGAAAAUCCUUUGGGAUCAUCACCUGUAUUUCCAUAUCUGAAGGAAAUGGUCAUUGGUGCCUGCAGGGCUAUCUUGCGAAACGGUCCUGUCAAACUAUCACAUGUAUUUCCAAAUCUGAAGGAAUUGGUCAUUGAUGCCUGCGAUAUGCGGAAAUUGCCUGCAGAACAGCUGAUUCAUCUAACAAAACUCAAAAUCACUAAUUGUGGCUUGUUAACAGACUUGCCUGAAGAGAUUGGAAAUAUGGUCAGUUUAGAAGUGUUGAGGAUUGAGCACUGUCCACUGCUUGCAAAGUUUCCUAACUCAAUUGGGAAUCUUAAGAAACUAAAAUUUCUUAAGAUUUCUGGGACUAUUCUGUUCCAUAAGUUCCCUGAUUCGAUUGCAAAUUUGGUCAAUUUAGAAGUGCUAAACAUGAAGGAGUUGCCGGAGCAGAUUGGUGAAUUGAAGAGCUUAAGAAAGCUGCAAAUGAGUGGUUGCCGUAAAUUGAGAAAACUGCCUCACUCAGUUUCACAUCUUGAGGGGUUUGAGGAAGUGAUAUGCUCAGAGUGGGCUGCAGAAUAUCUAUGGACACCCUUUGUUACCCACUCUCAAAAACCUUAG